AUGGUUACUGGUGACGCUGUGGCUCAGGAAUUCCAGGAGAUCCUUAAAGCACAGCUGCUUCUGGGAUGCACACCCCGUCCGAAGGUCGCAGUUGUGUCCGUGAUCAAAGACUCAUGGAGUUACCCGAGUGGUGAUAAGGAUUUCGACGACGCAAUGUUGUAUCCGGAGAGAUUCGGCAAUGAGCGCGCCGACGACUUCUGUUUGUGUCGUUACGUCUUCGGCACUACAACAGAGUGUCCUUAUGGCAAAGCCUGUCAGUGUCAGCACCGCCCGCUCUCUGAGGAGCAGAUUCAACAAAUUCGGACGAAUCAAGAGACACCCAGGGCUAGGCCGAGGUUGUUUUUGUCACGCGUUUAUAAAAAUUGGUCGAGCCCGCACCCUCCUGUGGUGUCCAUGCACGAUAGGUUGUACUUGAAAGAUCUCGAUGGUGGAGAGAACAAGAUCGCCUCUCAAGGUGAACAGCAGAAGACCGCCCCUGAGGGUGGAUAUGAGAAGACCGCCCCCGAGGGUGGAGAGAACAGGACCGCCUCUGAUGGUGGAGAGAAUAGGACCGCCUCUGAUGGUGGAGAGAACAGGACCGCCUCUGAUGGUGGAGAGAAUAGGACCGCCUCUGAUGGUGGAGAGAAUAGGACCGCCUCUGAUGGUGGAGAGAAUAGGACCGCCUCUGAUGGUGGAGAGAAUAGGACCGCCUCUGAUGGUGGAGAGAAUAGGACCGCCUCUGAUGGUGGAGAGAAUAGGACCGCCCCCCAAGGGUGGAGAGAACAGGACCGCCUCUAA